AUGAGAGCACCUCUCCUCCAUUUCUAUGCAGUUUUUGCAUUUUCUUUCCUGCCAUUUGUUUCGGCCACUCAGCCUCGCUCGGCAGAUGCCGGACAAGUGAUACUGGGUGACAUCGACGAAAUCUACAAUCUCACACAGCAGGCCAUGGACUUCCUGACCUAUGGUCUCGAUCGCUUUCGCGCCAAUGGGGACUGCGUCAAAACGCUCAUUGAUUUGGGAAAGAAGGUCGUGCAGAUCAACAAGACCAAACCCCCGGUCGCGCCCCUCAAUGACAAUGACCAGAAGAAAGUCUGCGAUGCCUUCAGUGGCCGGCGAUAUACCAUUCACCAGGGCAGGCUUAUGAGCACCCUCCAAGAUGGGAUAUACCAAGGAACAAAGGCCAGCUUUGCCGGCUAUUAUGGUGCUCUGGUUCGAAGAUUCAUCCCAAUAUUCUCGGAGUUUGAGGAUUGGGUCAUCAAGACUAUUCCCAACUGUGGGGUCAGAGCUUUGAGUGACAAAGCCGUGCUUCUUGCUUUUCGGACGGAGGCUGCGGCCACUAUUGAACUGAGUCGAGGUUACAACAAGGCGCAGGGAGACCAGAUUCCCGAUUUUGGCUGA